AUGUCCUACUGUCAGCAAGAAGGGAAAGACAAAAUUAUUUUUGUGACCAAAGAAGACCGCAAAACACCAAGCAGUGCAGAACUUAUAGCAGAUGACUCUAAUGAUUCUUAUGAAGACCAAGGAUUAAUACUGCCUAAUGGGGACAUUAACUGGAACUUCCCCUGCCUUGGUGGGACAGCUAGUGGCCCUUGUGGGGAACAGUUCAAAGCUGCUUUUUCUUGUUUCCACUACAGAACAGAGGAGGUAAAAGGCUCUGAUUGUUUAGAGCAGUGCAGGGCCAUCCAGGAAUGCAUGCAGAGGUACCUAGAGCUGCAUCCCCAAGAGGAUAAAGAUGAAAAUAACAAGCAGGAUGAUGUUGCAAUAGUGACCAGCACAGACACCUGUACAGCCAAAGAGGAGGAGCCUAGCUAA